AUGAAAACGUCUGUUCCAGAGGUUUUGCUCCGUAUUUGCGCCUUAAUUUCCGCGAAAAUCAAACAAGACCUGCUUUUACACCGCAAAAAUCGUUUAAAGGAUAUGUUAAAUCAACGCAGGUGGAAGUGUGAUGAUCGAUCCUCUCUUUCUUCAUUUGCUUAUUUCUGUCUCCUGCGUGCCUGGUUUUAUUUAGACGAUGCCUCCGACUUUCACGGCCUGCUGCUUGAGAAGGUCUACUCAAACCUAGUUGAACGUUGGAGAAAUGACAUGGCGGUCUCCUCAUUUGCCUUGGAAGUCCUCUCGGGCCUGUCACAGAGUUGCAUCACUCGACCUAACCCUGAUGCCUGCAACUUCCCAACACCCAGCGGUUUAGACUCUACCGACGCACGUCUCACUGAACGACACCUGGUGGAGAUGCUCGCCAGGCGCAAGACGCAAGAUAAGUCAAGACGACAGGCCCCUACCAGCCCUCACCACCGAUUCCGUUAUUUCUGGGACAAUGCCUCCCUGCUGAUGGGUAUUUUGGAGGAGCCCACUAAUGGUACCGCGACUGCUGGGUCCACCGACCCCGGCACCAACAGAAAUGGUGCGGUGCCACAGUCGUUCGUCGAUCCGCCCAGUGUACUGAUUGUCCUGCGGGGAGACAGUUUUGGGCCUCAGGUGUGGUCCUGCAAGCCGCGUUUUCUACCACGUACUCCGCCAAAUUCACUUCCUGCCGUCAACUCCGCGGCAGUAUCGCAGGAAAAAACGCUGCUUCAGCCUCCCGUUUCCUUCUUAGAGUCGGUCUACGCUGUAGAUGCACCUGUGCGGCGCUUCUCAAUCAAGCCGUCAGAGUCCCUCUUUAUGCCGCGUUCUAAGCACAACAUUCCUCUCGUGCAAGCAGACAAAGUCAUACCCUCGUUGGAGGGAAUCUGUCCCGUGGGCACCAGGGCCCGCUCCGAGGUGGACCUCCUAAAGUCCUUCAUAAACAAGGAGGUUGAACGUGAUGCCGCUAUCCACCGCAAGAUUAAAGAGCGUCGCCGCAAGAAUACCAUCGUCUACAAGUGUGAUCCGCAAAAGACUGUGACAAACUCCACAUCCGCUCACACACUCCUCUCGCAUCUCGGUUAUGUCCCAGUGAACCGUCUUCUUUCUGCGCCGUCAUACCGAAGAUCUGUCACUAUGCCCACCGUCAACUCCGCCAACCAGGCAGUCCCCAAUCCGAAUCCGUCUGGUUCAGCACUCCGGGUUCCAGACCUCCUGUGUGAUCUAACUCCCAUAGCAUCGGAGGCGUCAGACUUUCGGGGUCGCCUGGACACUUUUGAUUGCGCCAUUUUGCGCACUACGAGCACAUUACUGAUUUUUUAUGUGCGCAAGGGUCAAACAACCCUCAGCAGCGUGAUCGGCAAUAUGGCAUCCUGGUCGCAAUUUCCAAAGCAGUUCGCAUCUUUCGUUCGGUCCCUUGGCUGGCCAGUUGAUUGUAGCAAACACUACGGCUGGGCAGCAAAUGUAUCCAGCAAAACGCAUGUGGAUAAUGGCCGUAUCUCGAGUUUCGAUUACGCAAACUCGGGCAGUGCCAAACGCGUAUCUCCACCGGAUGGUUCCGACUACCUUAUGUACUGGGCAGAUGUGGCUGUGGAAUUUGCUGCCGUCUGUCCGUCAAACAGGACCGAAUUCCGAUCAGUUCAAGCUCUACUGUGGCUGGAACGUUGGGAUGACGCCCUAUGGAGCACUGGUGAUCGAAACCUUCUCCAAGUGUCCAUUUGUGACCAAUUCGCCUGCACUGACCUUAUUCUUGUGCACCCCCUGCAGAAUGGCCUCUUCCGUAUCGGAAUUGUAUCGGAAGCAGCUUUCGAGGCGGGACCCUUAUUCACAGGUCUGGUGGCCAGCCCUCGCUGUUUGGGUAACUUGGUCCGCUCAACAGUAGUCAACAUUGCGCGUCGACGCCAACUCAUUUCCGACUCCCUCCAGCCGUCACCGGUCCGUCGCCUGAAUCGGUUUAAGGAGAUUGCUUGCAAUGUUACUGCUGUCCCCGAGGGAAUUUCCAUCGCCCCACCUGUUAUACCUAAUUCUGUCCGCGCAUCUCAUGCUGUGUCAACUGUCGAAUUAAUUCGCUGGUCGACCGAGUGA